CGUUGAGUUGUUGAGUUCUCGAGAUUGUGUUCUGACGCAGGGGAAAGGGUCCGCGACGAAACAAUUAAACAACGGGGCGCUUUCUCUCCGAUUUUUUCUCUCGCCUUUCCCCUCCUUUUAAUCGUCUCUACGCAGCUAGGAAUAUUUUUACCACCUCAAAACCAUCCUCGAAAACCCAGGGAUAUUCCCACCACCACACCCCUGGGAAAAAUGGACACACUUUAUGGCGCCGUCUGGUGCCAUAGAAACGAUCCGCAACAAAUUCAGACAGACAGAGAAGCAUUUGGCCGUAAAUUUGCCAAAUCAGGUUUUUUUGGUUCGACUUAUUUCUCACUCUGGGUGGCAAUGUGAUGCUUUGUUCAAAUUGAGAUGUAAGCGGGUAUUAUCAGAUAAUCUGUUAGUUAUCAACACUUUAGGAUUUUAAAUAAAAGCACUCUUUGGCCCUUUGACAUCCGAUGCUUCCUAAAGACGCGACAUUCACAACAGAAAAUGACAUGACAUAUACAGAUAAUAGAAACUUAUGUUGGAGAAGGGCCUUGAAAGUGUUGAUUGGCACUUUGGGCUGCAAAAGCCAAUGAAAAUACAGACAGCGUUUCGGCCAGCCCCGUGAACGAGUAAAUUGGCAACACCUAAGAAGCACGAGAAGGCAGCCGUAGUUUUUGUAGUGCAAGAAAUAUAGACGUAGAGAACGACAUGCAUCCAACAAACACGUAUCCUUUGCCCGAGCCCGUCAUCUACCCUACAAGAGUUUUUGUAGGAGGUCUUGCAAGAGGGACCACAGAACUUGAACUCGAAACCUUUUUCUCUAACUUUGGCCCCGUGGCCGACGUCCGAAUUGUUUGUGAUCGGCGGACUGGGCUAAAUAAAGGUUUCGGGUUCAUAACAUUCAGUCUGGAAGAACCAGCAAAAAAGUUAAUCGAACAAAAUAACAUAGAUUUCAAGGGACGUAGUCUCCGCCUCAGACAGGCAAUAAGAAAAAAGGGAAGUUCACAGUAUCUUACAAAUGAAGAAUAUAGCCAGAAAAAAGGGAGUGGUCAAUGGGUGCUGGUACCUGUUCAAGAAGAGCCAGUUGUACAUUACUCAACACCACCUGCUACUCAACAGAUGUUGUAUACAGUUGCCCCACAGGAGCCUAUAAGCUACCCAGGACCUGUCUGCUACUAUCAAAUGGUGCCUGCCCCGACUACGUUUGUUCCAGCGGCUAGCAUUUCUGGUACUACAUACUACUACAUGUGAAUUGACAGGGCUUGGGUGGAUACGAUUUUAAAGGAAGCACUGUGACAACAACUGACUGAUUAUUCUUAGGAAAAACAUUGAAAUUAUUGACUUUAAAAAAUCCCAAUAUAAUUAGAUCGUUCACUUGCCCUGAAAUGGUAUGAAAUAGUGAAUAAGGUAUGAAACUCUAACAACAGUAUUUUAUAUUUUCAAAUUUAAAACGCUUGAAAAGAAUAGAUAAGCUCUUAUAUGUAGAGAAAUGGAAGUCUAAUAAAUAAAACAUUUGAAAUAUU